GUAAUGUGAAGACCAUGGCAGACCGAGUUCUGUUGAUGAGGGAUCAGCUGAAGGCCAAGCUGCAAGCUCUGGGCACCCCGGGGACCUGGGACCACAUCACUCAGCAGAUUGGCAUGUUCAGCUUCACCGGCCUAACUCCCAAACAGGUGGAGUACAUGAUCAAAGAGAGGCACGUGUACCUGAUGGCCAGCGGUCGCAUCAACAUGUGCGGCCUGACCAGCAAGAAUAUCGACUACGUCGCUCAGUCCAUCCACGAGGCCGUCACCAAAGUCCAGUAAAGGCCAUUUGUGCCCGUCCACUUCCUGCCUCCUGUACGCCACAGGACGUUUCAUCGUGUCUGUGCCCCUCUCUUUGCUUAUCCUCUCCUCCUAUUGGUCAAACUGCGUCCUCACAAUUUGCAGUUGAACCAACGGGAGGAAGGAUGUGUUUUUGUUCUCACAUGACGGCGUCAUUUUAUGGGAGGUACAGUGGUUUUUGGAAGAGCCAGGUAUGAUCGAACACGCAGACGUGACAACCCCAUCAUUUGUUUGAAUUGUUGCCUCAAGCUUCUGUGCAGUCCAAAUCAUUCCACUCAAACUGGACACUAGAAUGUGGACUGGGAAGAUUUGCGAUGAAAUUAUGCUUCCUACACAACAGUAGUACUGAACAAACUGCAGCACAGGAAAAGUCGUGUAAAUAGAUGUAAUUACUGUUAGAGUCCUGCCAUUUCAUUCAUAAGCACUGACACCACAACAAAUCACUUUCCUGUUUUUAGCCAUUAGAAUAUAAAAGCUGGUACUGUAAUCUUGAUUUUAUUUUGUUGUGUUAAAGUUUAACGGUCAUCAUCAUCAUCUCAAAGGUAAAGCACAUGCCUGAUGCUGUGUUGCCUUGUUUUAGACAUACGGCAGAAGAUAAUUUUUUUAGCCACUAAGUCAACAAAAUCGCCUUCUGUGCCAUCAUUGAACAAAAAUCACCUUUUUCCUCUCUCUGUUACUUUGUUUCCACCCUGCAGUGCCCUUAUGUUGUUACACAAAGCCGCUGUAAGAAGCCACUGAUCAGACCGCAGAA